AAAAAGAUUAGAAUGAUCAUAAUGGACAACAUAACUAGUAUUAACGAUACUAAACUUCCUUUAUUCUCUAUAUUUCCUUUAUUACUUGAUACUAAGAACGUUCGUGAUAGUAAUGCUGAUACCUGUGAGUCUAAAGAUGAGUUUGACGUGCUGGAAGAGAUGUUUGAACAGUUAAUAACAACUCAUGGUGAAAAAUCACAAACAGCUGAUAUCGAAGAAUUAACUGACCUAAAUGAACCAUUAGAAUCUGAAGUUGAUAAAGCAGGUACUGACUUGACUGUAUUUAUAAUGUCAUCCAAUUAUAAGGAUGUCAGGAUGUCACCAAUUAAUACAAGAUCAGGAGGUGGAAUAAUUGCUAAUACAAACAACACUGCAAUAAUCAAUGGGAAUGAUGGCUUAUGGGAUGAAGGAUGA